CUAUUAUAAUUCAACAAUAGAUUGGUUUACCAUUCUGUCGUUAAUACUAUCUUUGGAGACGCAAAGAGUCUGGUCUCAUUGAAUAAUGUCGUAUCCAGCAGAGUUUAAUAUGAAAUGUCAAGAUCGUAGAACUCAUACUUAUGAUUCAGUAUUGAAAUGCUACUGUCUGAGAGCAUGCUAUUACUAAUGUUUAGAGCUUUUAGACUACUCUUCAAGUCAUCAGAUUUAGCUAAGGAUCUUAUAAAGUUCUCUCAACUUUGCAAUUUCUUAUCUUCACUUUCAUUUUCAUUAGUUUCACUGAAGUCACAAGUGAUCUCCAAAAGAGUACAGUUCUCAAGUGCUCUUGAUAAAUCUGGAGAAGUCAUAAGAUUUAAUUUGCAACCUCGUAGCUCAAACCUUUCGAUGUGUUUGAAGAUACUAAAUAUUCUUUUGAGAUGAUUGGUGUUAAAUUGGAAUCCUCUCAAUGAAACUUCAGUUGUGAUUCUAUGAGAUAUUUUUGAAAGUGCAUUCAAGUAGAACCCAAUACCUUGUUUUGCCUCACCAGCUUCAUUGCCUUGAGUCUGUAUGAAAUGUAAAAACUUGCACCAUUUAGGAAAAGAUACACGGAGAAACUUAUUUAUGACAGUAUUCUCUUUUGAAACAAAUUGGAGCCUCAAAAUUUUGAUUUUGUAAUGAUUGAGGUUUAUGUUCUUUUGAUAAUAUUUAGAUGAUUAGGUCCACUUGCAUUUAAGAACAAAUUUGUAAGAGCACUAAAAGUCUUUAACAAGUUAGUCAUAUUUUUGUAUACUGAUUUAGUCAGCUUUAAUUCCAAGUUCUUGGCAUCAGAAGCCCCUAUUGUUUCAAGUGCCUUGCGAUAAGGAAUCCGAGUCUUGUUGACCAACUCUUCAAGCCGCCCAAUCUUUUGUUCCAGCUUUCAAAUCAGAGCUGGGUCACCAAUGUGGGGAGUCUCUUGUGCAGGCCUCCAUCUCUGGGAGACCCAUCCAGCACAGAAUUUGGUGAACCCUGAGUCUUGACUGAGUCCGGAAAGCAAAUGCGUGCUGACUCCAUGGCUGUGCAUCACUUGGAGAACCUUUUCAGUGAUAUCUUCUAAGUGAUUUUGGUCUGGGAGUCAAACUUCCAUAUUUGU